AGGUAAACAAGCUGAAAUGGCGGCGGAGCGGCUGCGGCCUCGGGGCCUGGGUUUGGUGUGAGGCGGCGGGAUCGAGUUUGGCUUCUAUCCGACACGUGGGGUUACAUUUGCCACCCUCCAAUCUGCCGGGAUUAUUCCAGAAUCUCCAGAAUUUUGGAACAUGACAACCAACGCAUCCACUAUUUCCAUGGUGUCAUGAAGGUGGGAAGUCAGUGACAAUGAGUGGAACAAUAGACCCUACAAACCCCGAGCCGGUGGGUGACUCUCGCAAGCGGAGGGUAUCUCCAUGUGACUCUGUGGGACACAGUGCAGACAAACGGCGGCGGGAACAGGAGAGCCGGUACAUUGAAGAUCUGGCAGAAUUACUGUCCGCCAAUCUCAGUCACAUUGACAGCCUGAGUGUGAAACCUGACAAAUGCAGAAUUCUCCGCAAAACGGUCCAGCAGAUUCAGUUCAUCAAAAGAAUGGAACAAGAGAAGGCAGCACAAACAGAAGAUGAGGUUCAGAAGUCCGACAUCUCAUCCAGCAGUCAAUCCCUCAUUGAGAAGGACACCCUAGGUCCACUUCUUCUAGAGGCUUUGGAUGGGUUUUUCUUUGUGGUGAAUGGUGAGGGCCGCAUCAUGUUUGUCUCAGAGAACGUCACCAAUUACCUGGGAUACAAACAAGAGGAGCUGAUGAACACCAGCGUCUACAGUAUCCUGCACCUCGGCGAUCAUACUGAGUUCGUUCGCAACCUACUGCCCAAGUCCAUGGUGAACAGCGUCCCUUGGUCGAAGGAGAGCACCAGGCGGAACAGCUGUACUUUCAACUGCCGGAUGCUGGUGCGUGUAAUGGAGGAGGAAGAUGUAGAUAAUCGGGAGGCGAAGCAGCAUUAUGAGACAAUGCAGUGUUUCACUGUGUCACAGCCCAAGUCAAUAAAGGAGGAAGGAGAUGAUCUGCAGUCCUGUUUGAUCUGCAUAGCCCGGAGAUUACCGAAACCACAGCUCUCCCCUGUGUCUGAAACAUUCAUUACCAAACAGGACACAACGGGAAAGAUCAUCUCCAUUGAUGCAAGCACUCUGCGGGCCUCUGGUAGAGUGGGCUGGGAGGACCUGGUCAGGAAAUGUAUCUACGCUUUUUUCCAACCCCAGGAACGGGGACCCUCUUAUGCUAAACAGCUGCUGCAGGAAGUCCUGAGGAAUGGGACAGCAGUGAGUGCAUUUUACCGAUUCUCUCUGAGUGAUGGGACAGUCCUGAGAGCUCAGACCAAGUGUAAACUGUGCUAUCCGGCCAACAUGGAUGCACAGCCUAUCAUCAUGGGCAUGUACAGCAUGUACAGGGAACAGAACCUGACCAAUCCUCAACCAAACCUCGAGGCUGGUUCUUCAGUGCCUCGCUCAGAGAACUGCAGUGUCACCCCUGCUCAGGCCUCUCCCUCGCUCAGCGCCAACAGCAGCAUCUCUGAACUGGAUUUCAACCGGCCUCCUGGCUCCAGCCUACAUGUUAAUGGAGCCAGCAACCCCUCGAGCUCGGGCUUUUUGUCCAGAGUGCAAGUAGGGGCUUGCGGUCCUAAAAAUCAGGACGCACCAACCCCGCAGAGCCCCAAGCACAGCAGUACAGGGGUUACCCCAUCAGAGCCAAGCUUCCUAUCACCCAGAGCACUGGGCAGUCCCAGGAAUCCCUUUCCCCCGAGUGCACCCCGUGUCCCAUCGCCAGCCAGACACGCCUACCCUAACCCCACUCGUAAUGCCUACCCAUGCCCUUUCCCCAGUCCCACACCCAACCAAGCCCUUCACUCUCUCCAGGCACUGAGUGAAGGCAGCAGGGUAUCCAUGAGUUUCUCUGGCACUUUGAGUGCUCAGAACUCUCCCUUAUAUCAACCACCGCCCAUUACGACAGAAGGGGCAGCUUUGGACUGCAAGGUGCUGCUCCCAGCGAGGGCUGGGGAAAGCCUGGCCUUUGAGCACAUGGGGAACAGCUCAGCCCCUGCGUGUGGACUCAAGAGGCCAACCAACGUAGCCAACAAAACCUCCCAGGACAUCAACAACGCAAAACUCAUGGAACUGUUAACAAGUAGCCAGGAGCAGAACAGACCACGUGAGAUAGACACUGGGAGCAAGGGCAGCCGCUCUCUGUCGCCUGUAACGCCUGCAACAAGUGCCCCGUGCAACAUGUUACAAACCAGCUCCCUGACAGAACGCCACAAAAUCCUUCACCGCCUUCUCCAGCAGGAGGGCAGUCCCUCCGAACUCCCUGCUCUGUUGUUUCCUAACGACAGGAAAGAGGUGGCUCGCUGUGGCCAGGAGGCGGAUGGUCCCCGGAGAAAGGAUGGGAAGGAUCACCAGCUGCUGCGCUACCUGUUGGACAAGGACGAGCCCACAAACCCCAACCUCAGUCUGGAUGACGUGACACUGAAGUCGGAAAGGGCAGGCGGUUUUGGAGAUUGCACACUCAGCCUCAACAAAGCCCCACAGGACAGGAUGGAGCAGUUCACAGAGCUUGAUCACAUGUUACCCACCUUGGAGGAAGCAGCCCAGUUGCCCAACAAUUGCCAGCCCGAUGUGGCCAACAACAGCCUGGCAUCCAGAGAUGGGAGGAGGGAGCAGCUGUCGGACCCGCUGCACUCCAACAGCGUCACCAGAACACUUCAGCGCCUUAAGAGUUUGCCAGAACUGGACUCAGGGAUCAGGGGGCAGCAGCUUUCAGUGUCCAGGACAGAAGACCAGCUGCCCUGGAGCAAUACCAGCAGGACCGACAGGAAUGAGGAUGGGUCCUGCUUCAGCUCCCAGAUGGAUGAGCUGUUGUGCCCUCCGACAAGCACUGAGGGACGGAAUGAUGAGAAGGCACUCCUCGACCAACUCGUGUCCUUCCUCAGCGCCAAGGAUGAGGUGGAGCUCGUGGAAAUCGACAAAGCUCUUGGAAUCGACAAACUCAUCCAGAGUGGAGAACUUGACCGGCUUCAGAAUCGAGUGAUGGCUCAGCCAUAUACGCCACUGGAGCCGAAGGCUGAAAUAUGCCAGCAGGGUUACCUGCCUGGUUCUCCUACAGGCACUUUACCCAACCCGUCCUCUGCUCUGCUCCAGCAGCAGCUCCCAUUUAGCCCAGUGCCUGGUGAAUUAGCAUCACGAGGAGCUUACCCCACCAGCAUGGGCCUACAUACUCGGCAGGGCUUGAUCCGAUCGUCCACUGUCACCAACCAGCUCCGACUACAGCUACAGCAGAGACUACAGGGACAGCAGAUGCACCAGAAUCGGCAGGCUACGAUGGGUCAUUUAGGAGGCCCAGGUUCGAUGGGGAUUGGACUGCGUGUUGGGAUGCAGCAAAUCCCUGUCCAGGGUCCCCUCAAUGCUCAGAUGGUUGCUCAGCGACAACGUGAAUACAUCAGCCAGCAGCACAGACAGUGGCAGAUGAUGCAGCAACAUGCCAUUCUGAUGAGGCAGCAUGUCCCGCCCACCACCGGAUCCCGUCUUGUGCGCCCUCCUCCUCCGCAAAUCCCCUACCCACCCGGUUACAGCACGCCUGGGAACCAGUCUUCCUCUGCCAGCCCAUUCACACCACUGAUGCCCAGCACCGAACCAAAGUCAAACCCUUGCAACUCUCUCCAUGGAUCAGGGACCUUGAACACAGGGAUGCCGGCUCAUACAGGGCCACAGCACAGGGCAGGUCUGAUGUCCCAGAUCCAGCAGAAUAUUUCACAGUAUCCAACACCAGCUUUACCUGAACAGGGAGACCCAUCUGUGGCUCCGAGCCGAAGCCCCAGCAGCCCAACGCUGUCCGCACUUGUCCAGUCAGGCCAGAAUACCAUGAUGCAGCCUGCUCCAGCAGCACCCGGAUAUGAGGCACCAGAAGGAAAGGUCUGGCAGCGAGAGCCCCUGGGAAACAGCAGUGUGUACACACAGGCUGGACAGCAGCAGCCUGGCAGUCUGGGGAUGUACAACAACAUGAGUAUCACUGUGUCAAUGGACAGUGGGCCUGGCUCUGUCAGCAACCUCAACCAGGUAUCGGGACAGAUGCACAUGGGGACCAUGCAGCUGCCUUCAAUCAGUUCAAUGUGCCCGGAACAGACACAACAGGUCCAAGUGUUUGCUGACGUUCAGUGUACAGUGAAUGUGGUUGGUGGAGACAAUUACUUGAACCAGUCAGGCCCAAUGGGGUCCCAGAAAGGCCAGGGCAGCGGGCAGACCCCCCAGGGCCAGCAGAAGAGUCUCCUUCAGCAACUGCUGACAGAGUGAGUAACAGUGUUGAGGAGGAAAGAGCAAACUGCACAUCUGGCUGAUUCAGACAGUAAACAGGUUCUGCUGUAGUGACAGACGACUAUUGAAAACUGGUCCACAUUUCCUCUUUGCCUCUUGUUGGGCAUGGAUGGUCUCAGACCUGUACAGAAGCCCUUGCCCAGUUGCUCAGCAAUUCUCAGCAGGAAGAGGUAAACAUAUGGGCUGAGCAGCAACAGACCACCAGGAUGAAGGCGAGUGUUUGCUGUGGCACAAGGAAGGCGUGAGGUUAGAGGAUCGGAGCAGACUGUGUGCGUGGGAUAGGUCCCCAACACAGCACCUCAAGAAACAAAAGCAGCUUCAGUAUAUAGUCAACCAUCUGACAUUGCACCCGGCUGCAGUUUACAAGAGACUUCCCCACAUCCCAACCUCUGCAGUAAUAUAAUACUGGCUUUGUAUAAUUCAGGGGUGAGAAAGAGAAAAUUAGAAAACAAUGGAAGCAAUAAUUAGCGUUUGGGGUAUUAAGUAUUUGUAGAUAAGGAUUCUUGGUCUUGCAGAUUCUGAGAAUGUUCCCAGCUGUGUUAAACACAGCAUUGUAUUUAAGAUUCCAUGAUACGAAGUAGAUUCCUUCUCACUGUAAAUAUUUCCGGGAUGUUGCAGUCUUGUGUAAACACAAUUCCAUUGAAGGUCCUCAGACAGUCACAUGCUGCCCCUCCCCUCCUGCCUACAUGUGAACUGUGAUGGAGGAUGAGCAUUCUGUUUGUGAAAGGUAUUUCAAGCGAGUAGGGCAGCCUUUAGGGCAGGGGGUGGGCUUAGGGCACUUAGAGGGUAUUAUGCCCUAGGAAAGGAUGGUGCCCUUUACUGAAGCAGUGCUCCAGGUGAGGUGGGGGGAGGUGUCCAUGGGGAGGGCACAUGUUCUCACAUGACCCUUAGCGAAUAAAUAACUCUGGGGCAGAGGUCAGCCAGCACCAUAAUUGGGUCACCUUUUCUCUCCAGACCCUCCUGUGCUGGUCAGGUGAAUAACAUCAUCCCAACUUGGAAGCAUAUCAUCGUUUCUGGAAAUCCCUCCCUAACAGCACCGUGGACGUAUCCCCAUGGUCUGCAUAGGCAACGUCAGGGCUCACCACCUUCACAAAAGCAAUGACAGAUGGGCAACAAAUGUUAGUCUUGCCCGUGAUGCCACAUCCCAUGAAUGAAAAAUAAAAAGUCCAAUCAGACCACAUGAUACUUGCAGUAACCCAGUCUGAUUGGUUAUGCUGGGCAAUGGUUAAUGCUGUAACCCAGUCUGAUUGGUUAUGCUGGGCAAUGGUUAAUGACUCUAACCCAGUCUGAUUGGUUAUGCUGGGCAAUGGUUAAUGCUGUAACCCAGUCUGAUUGGUUAUGCUGGGCAAUGGUUAAUGACUCUAACCCAGUCUGAUUGGUUAUGCUGGGCAAUGGUUAAUGACUGUAACCCAGUCUGAUUGGUUAUGCUGGGCAAUGGUUAAUGACUGUAACCCAGUCUGAUUGGUUAUGCUGGGCAAUGGUUAAUGACUGUAACCCAGUCUGAUUGGUUUUUUUCAGUUAAUUUAUGUUUCAUCAUCUGAGAGAUUCCUGGGAUGGGAUUUCUCCAUUCUCCUUUUAAAAAGAUGUUUCGCUUAGUGUACAGAGAAGAGAACCAGGAUUAACUUAAGUUUUUAUAUAUAAUUGGUGCAAGAAACCUGCUUCUGCCCAGGCAAUGUCUUCAAAUUAUGAGAAUUUAUUAAGAUGUAUUUUGCUGUAUUUAAAAUGAAUCCUCUGUACAAACAUGAGCCAGAGGCAUUUAACUAACAUUUGCUUCUCUUGUAUUCUUACCGUUUAUCAAACAUUUAAUUAUUAAGCUGUGAAUAAAGUCUCUGAGUCUG